AUGGCGCAAUCUAAUACUGAUCCGGACAGUAUAUUUGGUGAUAGAAUACCAGGAUGUGAUAUUCGACGGGUAUUUGGUGACAUUGUGGCUUCGGGACAGGUAGAGGCUUAUAAUACUCAAUCAUUCAAGGACUACAUUAGAAUUAACGACAAGACAGGGCGACGAGGCAGCACGGGAAAUUGGAGGUCUGAUGAGUUACUCGAUGAAGAGAUAUAUACGUACAAGCAGGAAAUGCAACAAAACAUUCAAGCUGAGAAUGUAUUUGUGGAAUGUUUACCGGAUGCUGAAGUCGAUGGUAGUGUCCUGGAUGAGGAGUCCAAUAUCUGCAUGCCUUGA